AUGGUUAAGAGGCGCGCGCUGUGUCUGCCAGGCGGUGUGCAGACGCGAACAGCGAACAGCGGACAGCGGACAGCAAACACACUUUCUCGGCUUGGCCUGGGUACGAAGACGCGCUUCUGUUUUCUUCUUGGUUUCUCUCUUGCGCCUGCCCUGGGCUCGGUGUUAGAGCUAGGUAGGGACAAAGGUGAACGGGCGAACGGGCGCACUGCAAUCGAAUGGCUCGCAACAGAAACGCAGCCACGAACGGGUAUGACGAUGACGAAGAAAGGAGAGAAAAAGACAAGGGCCAACACAAAAGGAACCCGCUGCUAG